CGCGUCGGGGCAUGCGCAGAGACCGCGGGUGCUUGCUGGCGGCCCUGGCUGGUCCUCAGAGUUUGAUAGCAUUAGCUUCAGGUUUUACCGCUGGUUUAGGAAAAGCGACCGGCAGUUUCCAGGACAGCAGACAAGAUUCCGGCUCUGGAAGCACGGGUUCGGAGACAGCGCUUCGGCCCGGGAAAUCCGCAGUCUGAAACCGGAGACUGCCCGAGCUGCGGGCGAACCUCCUCCAAGUGCUGGUCAGGAAACCCUUCCCGAGGUGGGAGACCAGGGCCCUGCCUCCGGAGCCCGUCUAAAGAAGAUGACUCAAGACCAACCUUUGCUUGCUGUGCAGGAGGCCCUGAGGAAGUGCUUUCCCGUGGUGGAGGAGCAGCAGGGCCUGUGGCAGAGCAGUCUGAGGGACUGCCAGCCCCUCCUGGCCUCCCUCAGCAACCUGGCAGAGCAGCUGCAGGCGGCGCAGAAUCUGCGGUUUGAGGAUGUGCCUCCACUUCGGGCCUUCCCCGACUUAAAGGAGCGACUGAGGCGCAAGCAGCUGGCGGCUGGCGACACUGUCUUGGACAAGUUAGGGGAGAGGCUAGCCGCCCUCCUCAAGGUGCGUGACACCGUCAGCAGGCACGUGGAGCAGGUCCUGGAGAUCUAUGGGCAGCAUGCGGGCUCGAUCGGCGUCGGUGCCGUCCUGCAGGCUUCAGCGGCGAGCCCCUCUGUGGCUGACAUGUUGGAAUGGUUGCAGGAUGUUGAGAGACAUUAUCGAGAUUCUUACCUGAAGAGAAAGUACCUCCUGUCUUCCAUCCAGUGGGGAGACUUGGCAAACAUCCAAGCUUUGCCCAAGGCCUGGGACCAAAUUUCAGAAGAUGAACACCAAAGCCUCGUACAAGAUACCCUGUUGAAUGUUUCCUUCUUCCUGGAAGAGUAAGGAAGCCGUGUGUUUACCAGCAAACUAGAGGGACACAGUUGAAGACUGACAUUGGUGCUUUCUGGUGUGGUACCCUGCCACACUUGAAAAAUACGUGCUUAGAGCCUGAGGACUGGCUUCUGAUGGUGGCGCCGCUCCCUGUGAUGUCACAGGGGAGGGCACAGGGGCCACCCUUUGCCCUUUCCUAAGCUCAGGAGUGGAUGGAGGCGGAAAGAAUGCAGGAAAGGCAGUGCAGGAGAACACUGGGGUAGGAGUCACUGCCACAGAAGUGGUAGGGAAGGAGAGGGCAGGGGAGGGAGUGUGGCACUAACCUCGGCAUCAUCCAGAGCCCAGAACUUGUUUGACACCCAGCCCUGUUCUGUGUAUUUGUGUAAGUACCUGAUUCCUUGACGGAAGAUGAUUUUUCUUGAUGAUUUAAAGAAAUAAAGGUGAUAAUGGACAGAAGACUACAGAUCUUCUUCAGCUUAUAGUGGGGUUACAUCCUGAUAGUCCCAUCAUAAAUUGAAAAUAUCGUAAGUCAAAAAUGCAUUGAGACACCUGACCUACCAAACAUUAGCCUAGCCUACCUUAAAUGUGCCCAGAACACUCACAUUAGCCUACAGUCGGGCAAAAUCAUCUAGCACAAGGCCUGUUUUACAAUGAAGUGUUGACUAUCUCAUGUCAUUGAUUGAUUGAAAAACAGAAGGGCUGUGUGAGUUGUUUACCCUCGUGAUCUGGGGGCUGACUGAGCGAUGGUGCGUUUGCUGCCGCCGCCCAGCAUCUCCGCAUGUUGCCAGCCCAGGAAGAGACCCGCGUUCAAAAUGUGAAGUACGGUUUCUGGUGGACACGUAUUGCUUUUUGCACGGUGGAAAGAGCUGAGAAAUCCCAAGUGGAACCAUCAGAGGUGAGGGCCUGCGUCACUGUUUUCCAACUGCGGCGGCGCCAAACCAUCAAGAACGUCCGUUUCCAGAGCCCACCACCAGGGGGCGGUGAUGCAGCAUGUGUAUGCGCGAGCUUUGUCUCUGGGGAGUGUUCUCUCUUCCCCCUCCGUCUGGGAGUAAGGGCCUGGAGAUAGUGAGACUGCGGAAAUGACAGCGGUUUUGACCAAAGCUGGUGCCUGAUUUGCCACGUUCCUCUGAUCUGGGAGUAGCCGCAGGGUGGGAGAAGACCGCCCAGAAUCAGGCCAUCAGGGUUAGGUUCCUGAAGCCCAGUGCCUCCAUCUGUGAAAUGGUCGGGCACUUCCAGACUUGUCAGCUUUGGGGGCUGUGGAAAAAUCUGGGUCACUGAAUGUAAAGAGGCUUAAUAAAAAGUAUAGGUAUUUUUAAAAUGAA